AUGAUUUCACUGAGCUAUGCACAAUUUGUCCAUAACCUUGUGGAGAAGGCUUCAGUGAUGAUAAACAUUGCUCUGACUUACUUGAGGCCUCUGUUGGCCACAUUUUGGCACUAUGCCAAGGUGAAGCUGGUUCCUUCAACCCCUGCUGAGAUCCUGCCAUCUAUUUAGAGUCUGAAAAAAGUCAAUAGUGCUCGAACUAGCAGCUUCAAAACAGCUCACAGUGUCACAGUGAAGAAAGCUCUGCUGAAUAGUUUGGUGAUCACUGAGGUAUGGAUGUGGUUUUAUAUCAACGAGAUCAUAGGCAAGCAUGGUAUCAUUGACUAUUAUGUUUGAAGACCAAUCUUUAACAUCUGAUUAUAUUUGACUGACCAUUUGAGUGUUCUUGGACCACGUGUGACGAGGCUGCUAUCUGAAUAAAAUAAUGUGUAAAAAAAAAUGUGCAUGGACUAGAAAAGAAGAAAUAUAAUUGUGUCUAUUCCUAGAUGAUGUGAUCAUCCACAUACAGAAUCCUAAAGAAUCUAUGAAAAAGAGCUACAAGAAUUGAUAGGUGAGUUUAGCAAGGUUGCAGAAUACAGGGUCAAUAUACAAAAAUCAAUUGUAUAUACUUGCCAUCAACAGUUGGAAACUGAAAUUUGAAAAACAAUACCAUUUAUAAGUGCAUCGUAAAAACUGAAAUACUUAGGAAUAAAUCCAAUAAAAUAUGUGCACUGUCUGUACAUUGAAAACUAUAAAAGAAUGCUGAGAGAAAUUAAAGAGACCUACAUAAACAGUGAUAAAUCAUAUUCAUGGGUCAGAAGAUCCUAUAUUGUUAAGAUGACAUUUCUUCCCAACUGAUCUGUGCAUUCAAUGCAAUUCCAGUGGAUUUUUUUGUAGAAAUUAACAAGUGGAUUCUAAAAUUUAUAUGGAAAUGCAAAGGAUCUAGAAUAGCCAAAACAAUUAUUUUUAAAAAGAACUCACACUAGCUGGUUUCAAGAUGGUAU